UCAUGCACACAAGCGUGUAGCUACUGAACUUCGUAACAUUUCUCUUAACAAUUAUUUGUCAUUUCAUAUUUCUAUAAAUAUUCACCUCCCGGUGAUUGUUACCUUCAAAAUUGUGAUUUGUAGUGACAGCAGCAAUGGACUUUAGGUGUUCCAAGGACGUUGCUCUUUUCAUUCUCUUCAACAUCAUAUUCUCGUCCCUCGUUUCCUCUCAUAAGGUUCCAUGCCCUCCUGCAAGUCCUUCCCCGCCUCCCUCUAUUCCAAAGGAGCAAGCCAAAUGCCCCAAAGAUACCCUUAAGUUUGGUGUUUGUGGGAGUUGGUUAGGGUUGGUGACCGAGGUUAUUGGGACUAAACCCAGCAAGGAAUGCUGUACCCUAAUAAAGGGCGUCGCAGAUCUUGAAGCUGCAUUGUGUCUCUGCACUGCAAUUAAGGCCAACGUCUUGGGAAUUGUCAAGCUCAAUGUUCCUGUUGCUUUUAGUUUGCUUGUUAAUGCAUGUGGCGGAAACGUGCCACAAGGCUUUGUCUGUGCUUAAUAGAACUCAUCGAUCUCAACCUUGAUCUGAAUUAAUCACUGUUUGACAUGUACUCAUUCAUAGUUCUGUUAAUUUGUUUCAUGGAAUAAACCAGAUUCAGUUAGGUGUAUAAUUUACAUUAUGCAUGGUUUAGCUAUAGCCAAAACUUUAAUGAAAAUGACUGAUGUAUGGAAUGCAGGCUCAUGCUUUCUGUGUAAUUCCAGGGUGCAAGCGAAAGAAAAUGAUUUUCACUCAGCAUUUAUUUUCCCAUG